UGUCAAGGUACGUCCUUUACGCGUGCAAAUUUGCAUGAACGCGCCUUUCUAUCACUUGAUUGGUCAGUCAGCUGUAGGUACACGCCUCUCUGGGUGGUGACCCCCGAAGUGGGCGGUGCGUUUAGGAUGAGAAACUUUGGGAGAAGUGAGGAAUUCCUCGUUUUUAUUCCGCGCUGCUGUCAAAACGACGGGAACCGCUAUAGCAACAUGGAAAAUAUUAUAAAAAUGGAUUAGGGCUGUUUCAUACUACAUCCAGUCAUUCCUCUGCCGUUUGCUGGGACAGGAAAGGAGCAAUGGCCGAGGGUGAUGACCAUGGAACGCUGACUGACUGGAAGGAGAGGUGUGUCACUUUGGAGUCCCAGCUCCUUAAGUUUCGUGUGCAGGCCAGCAAAAUACGAGAGCUUCUGGCAGAGAAGAUGCAACAGCUGGAGAGACAAGUCUUAGAGGCAGAGCGACGAGCCCAAAAAGCAAAUCAACAGGUGCAGGUUAUGGAAGAGAAGCUGAAAGCUGCGGAUGUUCAGACCAGUGAGGCAGAGACCAGUCUUUUUCGACGCUGCCAAGACCUACAAACACUGCUACAGGAGAAGGAUGACAUCAUUGCAUUGCUGGAACAGCAGUUGGAGGAGCAGAAGCAAAUCCGACUCCAGGAGGCCAAGAUUGUGGAGGAGAAAGCUGCAAAGAUCAAGGAAUGGGUGAUGCUGAAGCUGCACGAGCUGGAGGUGGAGAAUGGGACCCUGCGGGAGACAAACCAGCUGCAGAGAGCACAGAUCACCGAGUUGCAGAAGCAGGUGCAUGCCAUGGAUCAGAAGAGAACCAGCAGUGCCCAGCCGAAAGCUGGGGAAGCCCAGCGUUUAAGCAGCCUCACCUUUGGCUGCUUCCAGGUCCGUGCCAAUAACCCUCAGAUUAUAAGGGGUCCGGAGCCAAGCCGCCGGACCAUCAGCUUUAAGCAUGAUGGCAAAGAGGCCGGAGAAGGAAUGAUUUCAGAAAUCACUAAACAGAACUCUGAAUCCGCUGGGGUGGAUGUGAACAAUAAAGUUCAACGAUCGGAUCAGUCAAACUCAGCAGGUGGAAGGUCAGGAAAGGUCUCCAGCUCUAGUAGAGGUGGUGAACAGGGGUCUUCAAGACAGGGGCUGGAGAAUGGGAGCUCAGAGGACGAAGGAGAGACUGGAGAAAGAAAAGAGAAAGACUCACGCUGUAGAUCUUCAGCAGUCUCGGAGGUAGGGGGAAGUGGAAUGGGGCUGCGCUUCGACCGAGGAGGGAGUGAAACAUACCUCACAGCAUCUGAUGACAGCAGUUCACUUUUCGACGACGACUUGCAGCGAACCGAUUGCCCUGAGUUCCACCCCCAGGGCUCUGACGGGGUGGGCUCAAGGAGAGGAGGACAGAGCUCUGAGAGAGCCGAAUGUGAAAGUCUCUCUGAGGAGCUCAACAAGCGGUUCCAGUCCCAAAGCCUCAACUCAUCCUCCUCUUCCAGUGAAGCCAACACCCCCGGCCUCAUUCGUACCCCUGCCCUCACUGUGAAGCACCCGACACCUGCACAAGAUGCAAAGGACUCGAGCGCCCUUGUCUCAACCUCAGCCAGCAAGCAGCCCCCACCCAUGCCGCACGCACCCAACGUCUUCAGCAACAGCGUAGCCCUAGCCAAAAAGCACCUGAGCCAGCCACCGCUCAGCACCGAGUUACUGCAGGGCCACACCCGCAAUGCCAUCAGUAUGCUCCGCCCACUACGACCCCAGGAGACUGACCUGGAUCAGGAGCAGGACAUGGAGACAGACUGGGACCAGUCCUCUAAUUUACCUGCUGCUAGCAGAGAGCUUGACUUGCCAAGAUCACCAAGCAAGCUGUCUGGCGGCAAGCCGCCCACUCCUCCCCUGCAUAGGUUUCCUUCCUGGGAAAGCAGAAUUUACACAGUGGCCAAGUCUGGAAUCAGGUUGUCUGAGAGUCCAUGUGCAGACCUUGCCCAUAAAAACCCUACACCGCAGUCCUCACAUCCAACAUCGGUUCUGUACACUUCUUUGAUAUAUCGGAACAUGACCACGCCUGUCUACACUACAUUGAAGGGGAAGGCCACCCAGCUAAGCAGCAGUCCUUUCUCGGAUGAGUCCUCAGGUUCAGAAGGGGAAGAGAGCUCCCUCUGCAGCUCUCGAACCUCGGGCUCUGACUCGCGGAAGGGGAGCAGCCCAGGGAGCCCACGUGCUCUGAAGAGAGCCGUAUCCAUGUCAUCCAUGACCUCCGAGAGCGAUUAUGCCAUUCCUCCUGACGCCUACUCCAUCGACACGGAGUGCUCAGAGCCAGAGCAGAAGCUGCCGAAGACCUGCUCCUCUGCCAGCGACAACAGCAGGAGUGAGCCUCUGGAAAAGUCAGGUUAUCUCCUGAAGAUGGGUGGCAAGGAAAAGACCUGGAAGAGACGCUGGUUCGUCCUGAAGGCUGGAGAACUACUGUACUACAAGUCACCUAGUGAUGUCAUUCAGCGACCUCAGGGUCAAAUCGAGCUCAGUGCAACCAGCAGCAUCGCCCGUAGUGAAGGCAAACAGACACUGCAACUAGUCACAGAGAAACGAGUAUACUACCUGACGGCAGAUUCCCCAAAUCUCCUAGAAGAAUGGAUUCGAGUUUUGCAGAAUGUCCUGCGGGUCCAGGCAGCAAGCCCACUUUUUGCUCAGCCUGAGAUUCGGCCCUGCAUGAAGGGACUCCUAACCAAGGUGAAACACGGAUAUUCCAAGCGGGUCUGGUGUGCACUCAUUGGAAAAACACUCUAUUACUUUCGAAGUCAAGAAGACAAGUUCCCGCUGGGGCAGAUUAGACUGUGGGAAGCUCGUGUGGAAGAGGUGGACAGGUCAUGUGACUCAGAUGAGGACUAUGAAUCGAGUGGGCGGAGUCUGUUGUCCACCCACUACACGAUUUCCAUUCAACCACAGGACCAGGGCCCCACCUACCUGCUCAUUGGUUCCCAGCAUGAAAAGGAGGCGUGGCUGUACCACCUUUCCGUAGCAGCGGGCACCACAGGGGGCCAGGUGGGCACAGAGUUUGAACAGCUCGUGGCCAAACUUCUUCAAGUGGGGGGAGAUCCAGGCUCCCAGAUUUGGAGACAUCCCAUGCUAUGCUUCAGUAAAGAAGGCCUCUCAUCACCACUCACCACCCUCCCUUCCCAGGCCCUGCAGACUGAGGCUCUCAAGCUCUUCAAGAUGUGCCAGCUCUUCAUCAAUGUGGCCAUUGAUGCACCAGCCAUUGACUACCAUGUGUCACUGGCCCAGAGCGCCCUGCAGGUGUGUCUGACUCAUCCUGAACUGCAGAAUGAGAUCUACUGCCAGCUGGUUAAACAGACCAGGAAGCGGCAGCUGCAAGGUCAGCCUGGGCCACUGCAGGGCUGGCAGCUUCUGGCGCUCUGUGUGGGACUCUUCCUGCCCCAGCAUCCAUUUCUCUGGCUGCUGCAGGUGCACCUCAAGAAGCAUGGGGAGACCAGGACAGAAGUUGGGAAAUAUGCUAUUUACUGCCAGCGGUCGGUAGAGCGCACGCAGCAGAGGGGGGAGCGGCAGGCCCGUCCAUCCCGCAUGGAGAUCCUGUCCAUUUUAUUGCGGAACCCAUACCAUCACUCACUGCCUUUCAGCAUCCCAGUGCACUUCCUUAACAGUACUUAUCAGGUAGUAGGCUUCGAUGCCUCCACAACGGUGGAGGAGCUCCUGGAACGACUGAACCAGGAAACAGGGAUAAGGAGGACAAGCCAGUCAGGAUUUGCCCUCUACACGGAUGACCCAUCUGGACAGGGGUUGGAACACAGUCUACAGGGGAAAAUUAAGAUCUGUGACAUCAUCUCUAAAUGGGAGCAGGCCUCCAAAGAGCAGCACACUGGCAAGUCAGAGGGUACAAGGACAGUUCGACUCACCUAUAAGAACAGGUUAUACUUCUCUCAGCAGAUUAGAGGGGAGACAGAGCGGGAGCGACUGCUAUUGGUGUACCAGACCAACGAGGAGAUAAUUGGGGGUUGCUUCCCUGUCAAUAAAGAAUUGGCACUGGAGAUGGCCACACUGCUGGCUCAGGUGGAGUUUGGUGAUUUUGAGCGCCCGUUCUCCUCUCUUGCGGGAUCGGGCUCGAAGUCGAGCCAAACGCUGAACCAGGUUCUGGAAAGAUUCUACCCCAAGCAUUAUCGGCAGGGCUGCACAGAUGAUCAGCUCAGACAGUUAAGGCAACGUCUCUCAGCACGCUGGGGUUCCCUCAGAGGCCGUAGUUCUCCUGACUGCAUCCGCAUCUACCUGACAGUUGCUAGGAAGUGGCCCUUCUUUGGAGCAAAGCUUUUUGCUGCCAAGCCCAUCACACCGUCCCCAUACCAGAGUUCCACUGUGUGGCUAGCAGUGCAUGAGGAUGGCAUCAGUGUGCUGGAGUACACCUCAAUGAGGUUACUUGUGUCACACUCACACAAGAACUUGAUGACGUUUGGUGGUUGUCGUGAUGACUUCAUGUUGGUGGUAGGCCAGAGCCUUGGCAGCAGCACGGCUAAGGACAAGCCCACAGGGAAGCACCUGUUCGUCAUGGAAAAACCCAAGAUCCUGGAGAUGACCCUGCUCAUUGCCAGCUAUAUCAACAGUGCCCAUCAACAGAAAUCUGCCGCCCACCACCUCUCUGCUCCCGCUCUGAUGUUAGGUCAGCCAGUGGAUCUCAAGAGCAAUGAGCUGAACAGCAAAUCAUCACUGGCUUCUAACAGACCUAGCAAAGUGCCAACGCUGCUGUGAGAGCACUGUCAUAGAAGGCUCUCCACCUGAAAUUCAACUGGUCACGUGAUAAAGGAGCGCCUUCUUAAUGUACGAUGGUACAAUAAAGUAAUAGGGUACUUCUUUCUACUCAAAGCUCAGGGGACAAUAAGUUGUCUUCCUCAUUUACCCAGUGCAAGUGUAUAAUCUUUCCUUUCUCCCAGUUAUAGAUGGUACAAUUAUUCCUUUCACUUUUUUGAAUGUCCUCAUUUAUAUUUCUAAAAAAAUGCUGAAACUUCACUGAAUGUGACACACAAUUUCGGUGGCAUCAUCACCAUCAACCUAUUUAAUUGCAUUUUUCCGUUAUUUAUUAACAUUGUUUACUUGUUGCACGGCUACACCAGCGACAUAUACUAAAUGAAAUGCUUUACAUAUGCUUAAAGCUUAAAGGGAAAUAGUGCUGUUUAUGAUGUUUCUUUCAGGGAAGUAACACAUUAAUGUCUAGGAAAUAAUGCUAGUGGAGAGGCUUUUGUUGUCAUGAAAAGCCCAGUAUAAUUAUUUAAAAAUUCUACUAGUGUCAGUAUAAAGGAUUUAACAUUAUGUUUCAAUUGAGAUUUAAUAUAUAAAAGUUUAAUAAUGAAAUCCUGAAAUAGCUAAAGCUACUAGCAGAUUUAAAACCUGUCGGUAGAGAAAGAAAAGAACAGUGACACAUGGGGGAAAUUGUAGAAGAAAGUUUUUUUUCAAUCCAACUUAACCUUUGUUGCCUUUUAUAAAUGCAAAGUGAAAAAGAUUUAAAAAUGAAAAGUGUUUACCUUCGACAACUUCAAAUUUGUUUUCAAAGUGCAACAAACGUUCAUGGAAAGGAAAACCAUCCUUCAUUUUGAUAUUUUUGCAAUAUGUUUUGCCCCUUGAAUGUUGGCAUUUGUUACCAAUGCUGUCUAUGUUUGCUUGCCUUUAUGAAAUGCUGUGAUAUACACAUGAGCCAGUUGGUUUG